GGUAAAAUGAAGACAAAUCGUUGGUUUUUACAUCAAUUACGUCAAAUAGUUUUACCAUACUUAUUUACAACAACAGUUAUCAAAUCAAAUGAUUUAGGUAUAUCAUUGUGAUCAAAAACACACGACGAAAUAAAUGUUGUUAGGGAUAUUAAUGUAAGACAUAUACCAUGCCAAAGAUCAAAGAUUCACCAGACAUUCUUCUGACAGUUUAUAUUACACACUUAUUUUUACUUACGGGACAUUGUCAGUUCACUGGUAGACGCUAUGAUGUUUCAAGAACAAGGUUUCGUGAACAGAUACCCGGUGCAUACAGACCAUCUCAGCUAUGGAAUGGCGGACAAUCAUUUGCAAGAGAUAACUACAAUAGUCGUCCGUCUGUCUCUGGUUAUCGUGGUAAUUUAAACAACCAUUCACGCUUAAGAAAUAGACAAAAUGUUAGAGGACGAGCACCAAAUGCCCAAACACAGUAUUAUGACCAAAGAUAUGGACUGGCUGGUAGAAAUUCACAGCCUUCUGUAUCUGCAAUUAGGAACAAUCGUUUACUUGAUCGAACUAGAUAUUCUACUAUUAGCAACAGAGAUGGAAGAGUUUAUGGCCAAAGACCUUAUGUCGUUCCGGUCACUAUGACAAAUGAAAGGUUUCAGUACUCGACACGUGGAAGCGUAAACUCCCACGCCAACAAUCCUGGUAGCACGCGUCAAUUUUCUCCAUAUAACAGAGAAUUUGCCUUUAAUGGUCGGUCAAGUUCAAGGGAUGGGACUAUACCCUUAUCCCAGGGUCGUUCAAGUGUCUAUAGACCAGCUUAUAACUCAUCAGUAACGUCUUCCCCCGAGCAAUCAUAUCAAUCAUCAAAUGGAAACCAAUUUUCUGGUCGAUUUGAUUUUCCUCGUAGAUUCCAAUCGGCUGCAGACGGCAUUCGGAACUAUUCUCCAAUGUCAACAAACGGGGACAAUUUUAGCCAGUAUCAGCUAACAGCAUCAAGAUUGGCAACUAGGCCUAGACUUCAAACUGAACGGAAUGAGGUAUUUCAGUACAGGACAUCUGUCAUGCGCGCACCGCAGUCCGAUAUAUCUGGUUCUAGAAAUUAUGAUGAUCGACAGAGGUUUUCUGGCAAUCCUGUUCAGUCAUUGUCACUUCCUUUUGAACCACUUUCACUGCGCUAUCAAGGUUUUAGAAAUUCCAAAAUAGCAGGACAGCAAGGAAUACUGUCUGAUAGAGUUACAAAUGUCAACACAAGAAAUAUUGGGCGGAGCCUGGAUACUGGAACACCUCAAACUGAAGUACAAUUUGGAAGGAGUUCAGACAUGCAAUUAACCGAUAGAACUUCAAGUUUUGAUAACGGAAAUACAAACGGAGCCAUGAACAGUGGAACAUUUCAGCCUGCUACUGGCUCAGUCCAACGACAGAGGUUUCCUCAUAGAACUACAAAUUUUGUCAGUAGAAAUACUGGUCGCAUUACUGGAAACGAUAGAACAUUUCAGCUAGAUAUACCAGUACAGGGCAGACUUAGGCCCGACAGAACUACAAAUGUUGCCGAUAGGAAUACAGCAAGGAUCGGUAAUACAAGAACAUUUUUUCCUGGUAUGCAGUCUGAACGAACGUAUAGUGGAACUACAAAUUUUAAUCAAAGACAGGCGAGACAAAUUCGUUUUAAUAGAAACAUUCAACCUGCUACAGGAUUUCAAAGAGGACUUGGGCAGACAAGAGCCUCCACCAACGAUGUUGGAUUCAGAAACUCACAACAGAAUGGCAACAGAAGACGUUUUCGGGUAAAUAAUGCUCAGACAAACAGGAAUGGUCCCGUUGGAUCCUUGCGUGAUAUAUUUGGUAUAUCCAGAGCUGGUUUAGAGAACGCGUUAAAGCGUGAUGCGCCGCAAGUUGAACAGUCAGUGCAAGGUGGAAAUACCAAUCCUAUAUCAAAUAAUGUUCAAGUUGUUGGAACAAGAAGUAAUCAGCGGCAAAGACAACGUACGGGUGUUCCGAAUUUUGUACUUGGGAGAGAUACUAAUACAGGCGAUAUGACAGAGCAAAAAGCAAACCUUAUAACAGACAUAAGAAGAAGUAUGGAUAUUGCAGACAAAAUGAAUUUGUUUCGAAACAGACACGUCAGUGAUAAUGAACAAAGUGAUUUACCUUUUCGCCCAGUUCCUAGUGAUAAUACCGAUAACGAAAGAAUAACUGUUUUAACUGUUAGAUCACCAGGUAAUAGUGCCCAAUCAAGAAAUAUUAUAAUACUUAGACAUAAUCCACGAGAAGCGGACAACGCAACUGACGAUAUCGAAGAUGGUUUUAUUGGUGGACAUUCUUCCGUAGAUGAUAAAUCCUCUACAAAUAGUGACAAUAAUGAAAAUGAUGAAGAAAAUGAAGAUUAUUGACAUCAUAAGCCUAUAGAAAUGAUUUAAUACAUAUAUGUUAGAAAUAACAACUGAAUCUUUCAUUAAGUGGGUACUGCAUCAUGUUAUCUUAAUUGUUUAUGUACUGUAUAUGUGGUUACGAAUAUAGAAGCUGUAUACCACAUUCAAUCGUCCAGUCUGGUUCAUAACAAUAUAAGUGCAUACGUACAUUGGUGAACGCAUUUUUUUUGUAACUAGUAACUAGUAUAAAUGACAAACAGUUUGCAUUAUUCAUAUAAAAUAAUAGAGACUUUCCUUUAGGUAGAGGCAUUUCGGCCGUUUGCAAAUUAAAUGCGUUAUUCUUGCAAUAUUUUUAUUUUUGUAAUUAUAACAAAGCUUGUUCAUGCAAUGCAAGUUUUUAAUAAAAAAACAUGUUUUCAUUUC